AUGAGCGAAGCCAACAUGGUCACAGGGGCAGCACGGAAGGUUGGCCAGCUGCAAGCACAGGGUAAUCAGGAUGCAUCUAUGCCGGGGUAUGAGCCCUCCUUCCUGCUGGCCCUAGAACCGGCGCUAGAAGAUCUGGCGAAACAUGGGAUCAAGCUGGCGGUCAAUGCGGGAAAUUGUGAUACCGAAGGUUUGUACAAGGUGGUAGUUCAAAUGGUACAAGCUAAAGGGUUGAAGUUAAAGGUUGCUUGGGUAUCAGGCGAUGAAGUUCUUUCUACAAUCAAGAAAUCUCUACAGUCUGGGAAAUCCACGUUUAGCAACGUCUACACUGGCGAGAUACUCUCAGAAUGGUCAUUUGAGCCAAUAUACGGCCAAUGUUACCUGGGGGGUCUCGGAAUCGCUGCGGCUCUCGCUCAAGGAGCCGACAUUGUUCUGUGUGGACGAGUAUCAGACGCGUCGCCCGUGAUCGGUGCAGCGUACUGGUAUCACGGAUGGGACCGCAAUGACCUUGAUCAAUUGGCAAAUGCAUUUGUGGCUGGCCACCUCAUUGAAUGCAGCAACUACGUCUGUGGCGGUAACUUUACGGGCUUCAAGAUGCUGGAAAACGCCGGUGGUGAUGGCUGGACCAAUAUCGGAUAUCCCAUUGCAGAGAUCUCGGCAGACGGCCAGGUGGUCAUCACGAAGCAAUCAUACUCUUCCGGUGGUGCUGUCACCGUCGACACAUGUUCCUCGCAACUGCUGUACGAGAUUCAAGGCCCGUGGUACUUCAACUCCGAUGUGACUGCUAUACUGACGGACGUCCAUUUCGAACAAUUGGGUGUCAACCGUGUGGCUUUGCGCGGCGUUCGCUCUGCGCCUCCCCCGCCAACCACAAAGGUCGGCAUCACUGCCCAUGGCGGCUUCCAAGCAGAAGCCUCAUGGUUUCUGGUGGGAUUAGACAUCGCAGCCAAGGCGAGGAUGCUAGAAGACCAGAUCCGUCACCUCCUCUCGCCGUACUCGUCCAGUUUCUCGGCCUUGAAGUUUUCCACCUUAGGCUCGUCGCCGGAUGACCCCAGAGAUCAAGAUAGCGCCACCGUCACCUUCCGAGUCGUCGCACAGGCCCGUAGAGCCGAAGACCUCGCCCCGUCGCAAUUCCUCCGUCCCAUCACAGACAACAUUAUGCAGGGAUACCCAGGUGCCACCUUCCACCUGGACCUGCGCCAAGGUUUCCCCAAACCCGUCCAUGAGUACUACGUCACACUGCUGCCUCAGGAGGACAUAAAGCACCAAGCCCACCUCCCCUGGAAGAAUCAGGUCAUCGAUAUCCCUCCUCCCCCAACGACCCGCCAAUACCCGCACCGACAGCCCUCACAGGCCAUCACAGACUCCCCCGCCAAUCCGCAAGCAGACUUCGGUCCGACAAUUCGCGGUCCCCUAGGCUGGAUUGUGCAUGCGCGCUCCGGCGAUAAAGGCCCAGACGCUAACUGCGGGUUCUGGGUGCGCCAUCACGACGAGUACCUCUGGCUCCGCUCGUUGCUGUCCGCGCCAAAGGCGAAGGAGCUCCUGGGUGAGGCGUAUAACGCGAAUCCCGAGUUGCAAAUUGAACGGUUCGAACUGCCGAAUCUACGGGCUGUGCAUUUCUUGUUUCGGAAUUUGCUGGAUCGGGGAGUUGGGAUCACGACCACCGUGGAUUUUCUGGGGAAGAAUGUGGCGGAGUAUUUGCGCGCGAGGUGGGUGGAUUUGCCUGUGAAGUUUUUGAAUAGGGGGAAAUUGUAG